AUGGACUUUACAGAGAAGAUAGGCUCUGGCAAUAAGAGAUUGUCAUUGCGACGGUCUAUUGUUGGGUCAAUUAAACGAUCUUUGUCUCCCCUCUCUCGAAAAUCCGAGUCUCCAACAACUUCCCAGACCAGUGGUUGCUCUGUUGAAUCAACUCACAAUUCUUUGACCUCACUCAAAGGCCAAUCUCUGCCAGCUAGCAUAUCAUCGAAAUCUAGCAGAUUCAAAAAGUUCACCUCUUUAUCUCCCAACAGUCAUGUUGUCACUAAAUCCACUGAAAUAUUGUCUUCACAGCAAGGUCAAUUGCUUCCGAACAGUUCAUCAUCAGAAGUCAACAAAGUGCGCACGCCGAGGCCGUUUUCUUUCAGCAACAGAAUAUCUGUGCAAUCUAUGCAAGAAAUUUUCUCGCCCAAGAAAGAAAUUCCAACUCGUGCAGCAUCCACUACAAGCAAACUUACGAGAUCCCUUUCCACUACCUUCUUUACCGAUAAGAAACGUUCUGUCCAAUCACUCAAGGAUGUUCCUUCACAAGGAGACAGUCAGUUCCUUCCAACUCAAACGUCAUCUUCGGCUGAAUCGCGCCUUCCUAGGAAAUUCCAUUCUUCCUCGACAACUCCUAAUAUUCGAUCCUCCAUUCAAUCUAUAAGGGAAUUGCAAUUGCCGGAGAAAAAUGCCUCGCUUCCAACUCGAGCAUCAUCUACAUCUAGCAGAUAUUCUGCAGGAGUGUGGGCUGCACCCAUAAUGAAUCAGACAAAACUGGAUUUCGAACAACCCCUUCCGCCUCCAGCUGCAAAGCGAACGUCAGUAGUUUCAUUCCAAAUCCCAGAAGGUGUCCAAGUCAGCUCUCCACAGAAUGAUAUGUUAUUGACUCUUCAACCUCCAUCAAAUUCAAGCAAGUCUAAUCGCUCGAGCUGGCUAUCUCUCUCUCGCCACUCGUCUACAAAAAGCAAAAAAUCUUCUCAACCUACACGACUUCAGCGUUUAGCAUUGGGGCCCAGUAGAGAAACCUCAAGAUCUCAACAAAAUUACAUCUCGACGACUGCCAAGGAGACUACCCUUCCUUGGGAUCCUCCUUUCGACAGGAACUGGGACCUCUGCGCUAACGAUGGCGUCCCUAUGGAUUCAAAUGAGAGUUUCGAGAAUUGCCUUCCACCCCGACAGAACGACAAUUUUUCUCCAUUUUUUGAUAUGCCUACAACAGUUCGCCGUAAGAUAUAUUCUUACUGCUUACCUAGUAGCACAGACACUACGGUAUCUCUAUCCCCUGAAUUUGCUUGGAGGAAUUGCUAUCAUGGUUACUACUUCACUUCACCGUGGAGCAUCCUUGAAAUGGUUUCUGGAGCAUUGGCAUCUUUCAGCCUCAUGAGAAAUGAUAUUUUGACCUACUUUUGGACCGAAUAUCACUUUCAUGUUACCUUGACUCCAUUUUGCAGUUCGAUUUUCACUCCGCUCUCGAGUAUUUGGUUGCCCAAUUUUUUGAAUAGGAUUCAACACCUCACAAUUGAACUCGACCUGACUCGGUUCGGUGGCAAUGCGCUGAAGUUUGCUCGGCGAUUCGAGUACAACAUGGAAAAAAUGGAAAGUCUUCUACUUGAUCUUGUCAGUGGUUUGAUACAGCGAUGUGGUAAGAUGGCUGAGCUUACUCUAUUGUGUCGACGUUUCAAUGGUUAUCGUCCAGUCGAUGACAAUGAUCCCGAUUGGAAGGCAGAUGAAUUGUUUGGUAGGUUUGCCCUUUGCUUCAUGUUUCAAAAGUCUUUCCGUUCCCUACUAAUUAUUGUACCAGAAUACUUCCCGAAGGAAGCUAUGCAAUUUUGUGAUGCAAUAAUAAACCUUCGUGGCACUGUUACAUCGGUCAGAAUCGCCGGAUUUCCUCUAGAUUAUACCAGAACUUUACUCAAAGCUAUUUUCGGACAUGGAGAAAGCUCGCGCCAAUCUUUUGUGCCCGAUCGAUCUGCUUGGCCACCACUUCCGCAACUUUAUUCAGCCAUGAAGCAGAUACCAGAUCUAUAUAGUGCUUCUAUUGCUCCGAUGUCACCACAAUUUCCGAAUUAUCAGGAAAGUCUCCAUAGUCCAUGGCUGUACGAGGCGUCAGUCUACUCUCUUGAACACCCUGGAAAUAAUGAUGAUCUCCCAGUGAGACCAGAUACUUCGCUAUCUGUUACGACAGUUGGUGAUAAUGUCAAACUGUAUCAGGAACUUUCACCACCAACCACUUCGACUGAUCCAUCUCGUAGCCCAGUGAAACAUUUAUUAGAUUCGACGGAGAAGUCUGCGUUGACCUAUCAAGUCAUGGAGGCGGAGGAUCGUAACAACUCGAAACGACAUACAAAAAAGCUGAAUCCACGAAACUCCAGAGAUUUCAGCCCUGGUCACUUUUAUCGUCAGUUAAACGAAGAUCCUGAAGCUGAUUUGAAUAGUCAAGAAGGAAAAACAUCCAAUACUGCUGUAACUAACCUAGUUCAACAAGGGUCAGACAUUACUUGUGACAGUCAAAAGGCAAAUCAAAGAGAAGUCCUUCCUUCUGGAGAAGAAAGUCAUCGAUCAAUCUACAACGAGAAAGACAAAUCAUUGCCUAAAGCUCCCAAUUUCUCAAGCAAAAGAAGAUCGCAAUUUAGUGAAAGGCAUAUGCCUGAUAUUCCAGAGAGUCCUGUGAACACAACUAGCAUUAACCCUCAUACUCCCACUGCGGAAAUUAGACCAGGAACGCUGAAAGCAUCAAGUGACCUCCACUUGAAACGUAUUCGGGCUUACAUAGAAAAGUCUACGUUGGGAAGCGAUCAAGGCUCUAGCAAGUCCCCAUCCCCACCAUCUCCUAUCAAGAUUACCAAAGCAGAAACUUUAACAAAGUCUGAUGACAAUUGUCUUGUUCAAAGCUCCCCAGGGAACUUGCGACCAGAUGCCUUAAAAGAUUGCACUGACUCUAGUUCGCCUCACCCUUCUCCACAAACUCUCAAUAAUAAUAUACAGGAGUCAGUUCUCGAAACGCCAAUCGACCGAAGUCUACUCCGCACACCUUCACCACCCGCAAGACCAGCAACGGCCACCUCUCCCAACACGUUGAAUAAUAUGAAUGAAAGAGACCCCAAAUAUCUCUUGAGUAUCCGCGCUCUUCGAUCGGCCUCUACAUCGACCGAAAGUGUCAUUAGAUCUCCAGCGAAAGUUCAUAGACCAGUUUCCCUAGUACAUCCGACAUCCUGGUCAGGUGUACCUAUGAUCUCUGCAGGAGCUUCUCAGAGGAGCUUCACAAGCACGGGGCCGCAGCCACAAAGGAGUGAGUCUGCUGAGUCGGAUUCUAGGAAAUUGAGAUUCUUGGGUUGGAUGCGACGAAGUGGGUAG